CUUAGGGGUCUGAGAGGCUUUUUUGUAGAUCUAGUGGAUUUGUGUCGAAUUUCAAGUCAAUCGGACAUACUGGCCAAGGGGCGUCACCGGUCCAAAUUGUAGGGGGCGCUAGAGAGCCAAAUUGUUUACACACAAAUAUGGCACCUAUAUCACACGUCUAUUUUCACCAGACCUGACAAGUGUGCAACAUUUGGUGAGUUUUCGAGUAUGGCAAAUACUCCAAAAAUGCAGCCAGAUUUGAAAAAUAAACCCUUACAAUUUCAAUAGAGCCUUCGCUGGCCCGACGUCGGUUGCUCGGGCCCUAAUAAUGAGCAUUAAUGGUACAUGAAUUCAUACAGAAGAAGAGGAGAGAGGAGCUCAGUGUAUCCUAGGAUAUCCCCUGGCAGUCUAGGCCUGUAGCAGCUUAUCUAGGGGCUGGUCCAAGGCAAACCUGAACCAGCCCCAACUAUAAACCUGAGCCAGCCCCAACUAUAAGCAUUAUCAAAGAGGAAGUAUUAACCCUACUUUUAAAUCUCCAUUUACUUUACAUUCAUCCGUGCUUCCCUAGUAACUUAUUGUCCUAAUAGCAAUGGGACUGAGGACCAACAUGUAUGUAGUGAGUUUUUAACUGUACGCUUAUAUGGAUAAUUGCAAACAUUUUUUUCUCUUUUGUUUCUACAAAAUAUGAUUCAUGUGCUUACAAAAUAAUGUUUUCCCCAAAAGACGCAACUAUGAUUCCAUAGAACCCUAUGUCAUAUUUGAGCUUGAGUUACUGCUGACAGAUGACCUGCAGACGGUGAUCCUCUCUCUGCCUCUCUGUACUGUAGAGCUUCACAGCCCACUCUGAUCCAGGCUGCAGUGUUAGCCACAUGAUUCGUUCAGGUGGGGGGGUUUGGAUGGCCUUCACCCAGGGCUCCUCCAUUCACCUGUUUCACACCGAGACCCUGGAGCCACUACAGGAAGUCAACAUCUCCACCCGCACCGCCCAUCUGACACCAGGUCAGGUUUGUGUCUCCAGCUUGCUGAUCUGCCAGGGCCUGCUGUGGGUGGGGACCAGCCAAGGCAUCAUCCUCACCUUCCCUGUGCCCACGCUGGAGGGCAUCCCCAAAAUCACAGGUAAGGGGAUGACGUCUCUGAAUGCCCACUGCGGUCCGGUGGACUUCAUGGUGUCCACCUCCAGCACCCUGGCCUCCCACUUGCUCAGACGGGACUCCAUCCUCACCAGCAGUGAGGAGGGUACCAACAGAGAAGCAGAGGGAGGUAAAGGUGAUGGAGGAAGAGAUGAAGAGGGGCAGAGGUGGGAGCAGAGCAGCCUCCCCCAGGACUCAGAAGCUCCUCCACCAAGGGAGGAGAAGCCCAAGCGUCUCUUGCUCCAGUAUCGCCUCCGGUCCACCUGCCAGCUGCCUGGGAAGCUGUUGUCAGCCCAUCCCGAACAGGGGAACCACAGGCCCCCCCAAGACUCCCUGGAGCACAGCCCGGAGGACGGCUCCAUCUAUGAAGUGAGCGAGGACCCUGAUGUGUGGGUAAGGGGGCGACCUGUGGAGUGGGGGAAGGAGGGGGAGGUCAGACGCAACAAAAUCACUUCAACAGCCAUCUUCUCCGGUGGCAGAGGACACCGCAGGAUAGGACAGAUCUCCUCACCAGGCCCCUGCUCAGCCUCCACUGAAAACACACUGCUGGUGUGGCAGCUCCCUCUGACUCUCAGCCAAUGACAGACGAGAAUGUCACCUGACUCUCCUGACUGGCUGUACACUCUGUCUCCUCAGUUACUGCGGUGCCAGACACUUAAUGUCAGUGGUUGGGUUGUAACAGGUGAACACAGUAAGCACAUGUUAGCAAGCUAAUAUUAAAGCUUACAUCACUUGUGAAGCCUACAAAUGCCUAAGUCAGCAGCUACCUCCAGUGAUGUGGAACAUUAAGGAGAGCAACAUUCUUGGAGACACAGGACGAGAUGCGUUUGGAUAUCAGUGGGCAAAAGUGUUGUUUUCAUUUCAACAACAAAGUGGCUGAGAUCUGACUCAUUCGAAAGAAAUGUUGCAGCUUUUCAACCAACAGUACAUGCAGAUGAACGUCUUCUGGUGCUGGCAGCACGGAGGGAGGAAGUUCAUCUGCAUGUACUGAUCGCUGCAGUGAAACAGAGCCGGAUGAAGAUUCAUCUCUUCUUCAUCCUCCUCCUGAUCUAACAGCUGAGGGAGAUGUGUGUGGAGAAACAGUCCUCUAAGCCCGCCCACUUUGUAGUGUUCCAAUCAAAUGAAAAGGAUUUGAUUUAGAACUCUGUUGUAAAUGUACACCUCUCAAAUAUUCCGUUUCUCUUUGAAAUGCGUCCCAGUACAGAAGCUACAGACGCUCUACCUUCCGUUUCAAUGGGACUUUGAGUAUGAAGCUGGCCUUGUCCACUGACUGUGUUCGGUUUCCUGAAGUCUUCCAGACGUUUCCAUAGCCAUCUUGUCUGUAUGGAGACCAGAACUACAACCAAAGAAGACACAGCACAGAAGUGCUGGGCAGAGCUGUUUGUCAAGAAUCAAGAUAUAGUUCCAGCAUUGAACUCUCUUAAAGCUUAAAGUCAUUUUUAUUGUUGUUUAUACAUUUAACUUUGUGUACAGAUUAAUCAAAUGACAUACGUGUUUAAAUGUUUAAAGGUGUCAGUUGUAUUUUAGAACUUUGGACCGAGCCAGGCUCGCUCUUUCCCCCUGCUUUUAGUCUUAAUGCUAAGCUAGGCUAACAACAGCAAAUGUGUUCUUAGCAAAUGUGCCCUCGAGUCUGUUGCUUCCUGUGAAGUACAAACUGUCUUGUACAUUGCAUUAUUUGUGCAGUAACUGGUAGGAUGGAAUGUAUUCAGUUCAUAUUCCACAUCCUGCUAAACUUUUGAACACUCUUUAAACCUUUGGACACUCUAAACCUUUGGACACUCUAAACCUUUGGACACUCUAAACCUUUGGACACUCUUUAAACCUUUGGACACUCUAAACCUUUGGACACUCUUUAAACCUUUCGACACUCUUUAUACCUUUCGACACAGGCUGAUUGAAGCAGUGACAUGGGGACCAAUAAUAUUGACCACUAUUCAAAUCAGCACUUUUGGAACAGUGAACAAACAUUUCCAUGUUUACAGCAAAACUAUGGAAUGUUGUGUACUAAUUGUUUAUUGGACCAAUUCAUUGGAAAUAUAUGAGUUACAAUAGAAAUUGCAUCCCUUAUGUCCAGUGUCCAUGUUUAAAUCUAUUACAGUGAUUAACAGUCAGUACAGUAUUGAUGUGCACAUUAAUGUGCUUAAUUUAAUUAUUUUCGUAAUCAUGUGUUGACUUUUGUUGUAAUACAAAGCAAUAAUGGUACUCACUGUGAUAUUUGAAAGGCUUUCAUUUCUGAUGCAGAAUAAUGUUUUCACCACAGCUGCUGUGUCCUUAUGAGGAAAACCAUUUUGACUAGAAAAAAUAACUAUUUCUUUUUUACUAAAUAAAGAAUAUUGUGAAUUUUUUUCUUUA